AUGGAAUCAGAGGAACAGAAGUUUCCUAAAAUUAUUAGACUUAAUGUAGGAGGAAUUACUUUUACCACCUCAAAAGACACGCUGCUUUCAGAUGAAAACUCAAUGCUGGCUCUUAUGUUUAGUGGGAAGUAUAACGUAGAGAAAGAUGAUGAUGGAAGAUACUUUAUUGACAGAGACGGGACCCAUUUCAGAUAUAUCCUCAACUUCUUAAGAGAUGGUAGCACCUAUAUCCCAUAUACGAAUAAACAGUUGGUAGAUGAACUAUAUGAAGAGGUAAAAUUCUACCAAAUCCAAGAACUUCUAAUGAGGCUUGAAGAAGAGCGGAACCAGAAUUUGGCUUGUAGCCAAAUUGAUUACAUAAAACUUCUAGAGUUACUAAAUCUAUCAUCGAAACCAUUGCAAGCUCCUUGAAUCAAGCUCUCCAAAAUGCAGUUGUCUUACCUUGAUUUCUCCAAAUGAAACCUUAUGGGGAGCGACCUCAGCGAGGUUACUGGAAUUGAAGUUAAUUUCAGACAUUCGAAGCUCUCCGGCUGAGUAUUUAAAGAAGCCAACUUGAAAGGUUGAAAUAUGAGAGAAGUCUUAGCAGAAAAAUGCAACUUUCAAUCAGCAAUUCUAAGCGGAGCAGACAUGAGAAAUGCUCUGUUCAAAGAAUGUGAUUUCACUUCUGCAAAAAUGUCUGGCGUAGAUCUGAGAGAAAGUGUUUUGGAUAACUCGGUCUUCAUAGAAGCUAACCUCAUUGUAGGAAAUUUAGAAAGAGCCUCUCUUUAUGGAUGAGAAAUUACAGGUGCAAACCUUGAUAGAGCAAGCCUGAAAGGUAUUAAAGGUUUAGAUCCGAGUAUGGUAAAUAGCUAA